ACGGCGUCGGGCGCGCUGGGCUGUGCGGCCGUCGCUGCCUGGCACGCGGGGCGCGCCUUGACCCUUCCUGCCACCGCAGGCUGCAGACGCGCGCGGGAGCGUCGCGAAGGCCGCGGCUGCGCUGGUGGAAGCUCGCUCGCUCUGACCCGACCUGGCUCUGCCUGGGGAGCGGCAGCUCCCGAAGACGGAUCCCGGACGUGGGCCGAGGAUUGUGCGCGCCGCCCGCCCCUCCGCACCGAGCGGCCGGUUUGUUUGACAUCUACAAAUGCAGAACUGAGGGACUUUAUAGAUCAGAAUUCCAGUCCAACAAAAGGUAACAUUUCACUUGUUGCAUUUCCAGUUUCCAGCACUCACUCACCAACAAAAAUUUUACCGAAAACCUUAGGGCCAAUAAAUGUGAAUGUUGGACCCCAAAUGAUUAUAAGCACACCACAGAGAAUUACCAAUUCAGGAAGUGUUCUGAUUGGGAGUCCAUAUCCGCCUGCACCAGCAAUGGUCACUCAGACACACAUAGCUGAGGCUGCUGGCUGGGUUCCCAGUGAUAGAAAACGGGCUAGAGAAUUUAUAGACUCUGAUUUUUCAGAAAGUAAACGAAGCAAAAAAGGUGAUAAAAAUGGGAAAGGCUUGAGACAUUUCUCAAUGAAAGUGUGUGAGAAAGUUCAGCGGAAAGGCACGACAUCAUACAAUGAAGUCGCUGAUGAACUGGUAUCUGAGUUUACCAAUUCAAAUAACCAUCUGGCAGCCGAUUCGCAGGCUUAUGAUCAGAAGAACAUUAGACGAAGAGUUUAUGAUGCUUUAAAUGUGCUAAUGGCAAUGAACAUAAUUUCAAAGGAAAAAAAAGAAAUCAAGUGGAUUGGCUUGCCUACCAAUUCUGCUCAGGAGUGCCAGAACCUGGAGAUAGAGAAGCAGAGGCGGAUAGAACGGAUAAAGCAGAAGCGGGCUCAGCUACAAGAACUUCUCCUUCAGCAAAUUGCUUUUAAAAACCUGGUACAGAGAAAUCGACAAAAUGAACAGCAAAACCAGGGCCCUCCAGCUCUGAAUUCCACCAUUCAGCUGCCAUUUAUAAUCAUUAAUACGAGCAGAAAAACAGUCAUAGAUUGCAGCAUCUCCAGUGACAAGUUUGAAUACCUUUUUAAUUUUGAUAACACUUUUGAGAUCCAUGAUGACAUAGAAGUACUGAAGCGAAUGGGAAUGUCCUUUGGUCUGGAGUCAGGCAAAUGCUCUCUGGAAGACCUGCAAAUUGCAAAGUCCCUGGUCCCGAAAGCUUUAGAAGGCUAUGUCACAGAUAUCUCUACAGGACCUUCUUGGUUAGACCAGGGACUGCUUUUGAACUCUACCCAAUCAGUUUCAAAUUUAGACCUGACCACUAGUGCCACCGUACCCCAAUCAAGUGUGAACCAAGGGUUCUGCUUGGAUGCCGAAGUGGCCUUAGCAACUGGGCAGUUCCCUGCCCCAGACAGUCACCAGUCCAGUAGUGCGGCCUCUCACUGCUCUGAGUCCCGCGGCGAGACCCCCUGUUCAUUCAACGAGGAAGACGAGGAAGAUGAGGAGGAAGAUUCCUCCUCCCCAGAAUAAAGACAGGAGAAAACUCAUGUUUUAAUAUUUGAUGCUCAUGUGUGUCUUUAGUGUGAGCUCUUGUGUUUUGAAAUGAUUGCUUCAGUCUUUGCCUUUGCAUUUGUGUUUAGUGAAAACUAGAGAAACACAAUAAGCAAAUUACAUGAAGGCUGAGAUGGUUGAAAGUUAACUAAGCAUGAAUGGGAACUGAUCAGCAGAGCCAACAAAGCAUGCCUUCUGAAGAGAUGGAGGGGCAGUCCAUGAAGAAUGACAGCAAGUGAAGUUUGUCUUCAGGGAAGUGGAGUUUCAAGACCCUGCAAUGUGUGAGACUUUAGACUUGAGAUUGCUGCAGGAACAGUGUGCAGUGAUGAUGGCUUUCGCCCCGUUGGGCAGAGUGAGCCUGGAAGUCCCAGUGGGUGUCCGGGGAGCCAUGUAGAUUGCAGUCCUUGUGGCCUGAGGAGCACAGGUGAACUGCUGAGCUAGUUGGAAGCCUAGCUGAGGUGCUUCAUGCAUCUGCUGCCUUAGCUUCUAGAAGGGAGCAAGUGCUAACUUUAAGUACCUAGGUGACAUUUAAAAUAAUUCACAGAAAACUGAAGUGACCAUUUGUCAAUGCAUUGGUGCAUAGGAGUUCCUAGGGCUACUUCUGGAAGCCAAAAUAGAAUAGCAUUUCCAUGUGCAUUAAAAACUUUGCCAGCACUGCCUUUUGCCAGCAUUCUAAAUUUGGAAUUUUAUUGAGAAGGAAACUGUAUUUAUAGUCUUAAUCAAAGCUAUGCAUUUCAUACAGCUUUUUAAUUUUCAGUGAAACGAAGAAGCAAAUUCUUUGACUAAAUUGCUUGUCUAUAGCUGUCUGCAGUACUGUAUGAUUUUACCCAUGUGCAAUUUGUGAAAAUGAACCAAAUGUCACUACUUUUGUCUUUAUUUCAAGAAUAUGAACAUCAUUGUUCUCUUGUACAUGUUAUCUUUUUCAUAUUUUAAUUAUCAAAAUGACCUUAUUAGAUUUAUUCCUGGGUAAAUUGCAUUUCAAAUUAACUCAAUAUUCAGUGUUUUUGUUAAAACCUUGAACACUCCAAUUGACUGCAUCCAUGAUGGUUUCAAAGCCAAAGAUGCCGUGAGACCACUCCAGUAUGUCUGUGAUUUCUGCUCCUCUUAGUACGGGAGCGUGGGACAUCCACUGCCAAGCCAAACCCAGCUUGCUAACACAUUAAGGCCUUGAAGGGAGGCAGAGAAUAGUAGGAGAAUCAGUUCUGAAACCAGCUCAAGUCUCAUGUGUUUGUCCUGAUCCUGUGUAUAUGGUUCUUGUGGGUCCUGCACCAAACUUAGUCAAAAAUGCUUCUCUUUUUAGUCCUGUUGGGGAAGUUUGAGCUGGAAGCAAAAGCUUUGGUUAACUUAAAUGUUACGAGGCAUUAACACUGAUAAAUAUGAAUGUGCACAUACAACUUAAGUUCCUUUGAGAGGAAACUAACUGUAUCAGAAGGAAGCUAUAGUGCAAGCCCGAGUGUUCAAAGGACACAAAGGUCCUGGCAGGUUUUACAGAAUUUCGUGUUGGCAUGAGUUCUAGAACACACAUUGCUUUGUCUGAACAAAGGAUCCAGAGUGCAACCUCCUGUUGGCACUACCACUUCUGUCUUUAUACUUAGAGACAGGCCUAGCAGAGACCUGGAGAGGCCAAGGGCAACAAUAUGCUUGUUUAGUCUUCAGAGUACUAAGAUGUUGCAGAGCAGAAAGCAAAUGCAUGCCUUACACCCCUUCCUUUUACCAGGCAGCAGACCCCUGUAGGGUUCUCACUCCUGCCGCCGUAUGCGACAAAGCAUGGGCUUUAAAAGAGCGAUCAUGCUGGGCGUGUUAUGUACCUCUAACCCCAGGAUUUGGGAAAUGGAGGCAGGAAAGUUAGGAUUUAAAAGUCAGCCUUGGCUGCAGACCGAAUUCAAGACCAACCUGGGCUGCCUGAGAUCCUUGUAUGGGGUGUGGCGACCAAGGACUCAGUCUUUGUGUGCCCCCACCCCUGGCCAUGCUAGCUGCCAGUAUGUCCUGCUGUCAACGUCUGUGACCACUGUGGUCAUCAGGUGCUGCUGGUGCAGCACUUUACCUGGAAAAACACCUAGAUUGAGCCAAGAGGGUAACAUUUCCUUGUUAUCCUAGACAGGCAGGAGGGUCAGUCUGAAGCAGCCAGGGCUACCAGGGCUACAGAGUGAGGAAAACCGAAGAGCCUAAACUGAGAUGUUGGAAAAGAGGAACCGUGGUCUCUGUCUCCCUAAACACAUCCCUCUGGGUCCAACAGGAUCAAAAUGGAAGGGGAAGAGUUAAGUUAGGGUCAUAGCAUCCACGUUUCUUUGUAGGAGGGCACAUAGGUUCCUUUGCGCAAAGUUGUAACCUACUCUAAAAGUGCUGGGCACAUGCUUAGUGUGUUCAAGAAGCUUUCCCCUCUUGAGGUUCAGUUUCUCAAGUGUGUAGCACUAUUGUCAGUCCACUCUACCCUCAUGAUCACAUGGGCAGCUGGCUCUGGCCUGCACACGCCAUGUGAGUAACAUUUCACAGGCUGCAAGCUGCUCAGGCCCUCAGUGCUUAGAGGACUCCCCUUGCCUGUCCUCUACUGAAAUCUGCUCGGGUUUGCAUUUAUUGUGCCUUACGUAGGAAGAAAGGGACUCAACAGAAUCCUCCGCUCUCUAAACAACCCCCCAGAAAACAGGCUGGUGGCCAUGUGUUCUGCAGCUUAUUUGAUUCUUUUAGAGAAGUGGUAAGGAGAAAAAUCUGCCAUUUUGCCAGAAAGUGAGGAGAACUCUUGUUAGCAAAAUGUAUAAUCAAAGCAGUAACAGUACACUGUCAUUUUUGGAAGAUAAUUCCCAGUCUGUCCUCAAAAAGAAUACCCCAUCAGAUAAUCCAGAUGGAAAUGGUCCACUGUAUCCCCGCAUAGCACCCUAAUUCUGCAUUCUACAUCUAAACCAAGUUUCUGUCAGAAGCAUCGAAACUGUUCCAAGUACAAUGUGAUUUAUGCUCUGAGACAGUCUGAACAGUGUGUGUGUGUGUGAGAGACACAGAGAGACAGAGAUAGAGAGACAGAGACAGACAGACAGACAAAGCAGGUGACAGAAUGGCUUCAGCUGUUUGUGCUGUAACCACACCCAGAGCAAGAAGCCUGCUGUUUUAUAAGCUCACUCUCAACACAAUGGGCUGUCCUUAUUCACUCAGUCGGCCACAUAGGGCUUUGACAUUGUCUUUCCUAGUGGUAAGCAUUGAGCAGGGAUUGUUUGUUGGGAGGGUGUUAAAAUACCAAACCUUGCUGGCUUUUGUGUGCACAAGCCAGGUGAGGAUGGUAGCAAGCCCACGAAGUUCUCAAUCAGCCUCAUUCCCUUGAACUGACCCUACACCGCAGGCCAGUGAUCUGAGCUGGAGAAUUGACCUGUGUUCUCUAGGUUGUAGUUUGUGAAUUGAACACAUGGAAGAUGGUCCUCAUGGUGCACUGGGACUGACUGACUUUGGUGAAAUACAGACUAGAUUCCUUCAAACCAGCUUCCCUUGGGGCUUCCUAUUUUUCUACACAUUAAAUGAAUAAUUGCCUCCAAGCACUAAUGCUCCUUAAUGUACAGUCUUUGAAGACUACUGUGCAUGUCACGUCACCUAAAUGAUCCUCAGAAUGUGCCUUCCUGCUCACUAGUUCAGUUCACCAAUAUCCUUUUAUCCUAUACUUGAGCCAAACACUACAUCAUUCAGUAGGGGGAGCACAAUGCAACAUUCUUCCUUUAAUUUUUUUUAUUGCUAAAGAGCCUUUAUAAAUUAUGACAAGCCUCAGGAACUUGCCUCUUAAAUAUGAGCAAAAUAUCUGAAGUUAGUUAGUUUGUAAGAUCCAGUUUUCCCACAUCUAUGUUCACAAUAUGCUAAGGGGGUGAUUAGUACAGAAAACUUUGACAUGUCGUGUUUCCUGGGAGUCCGACAGUACAAACACUGGCCUGGUAGAUGGCCACCCCUCACGGAGUCGAGGCAGGAAAGCUCCUCGUUUAUGCUGUCCGUCCUGUAUAGUUCUUUCGGAUAAGGUGAGAUCUUGGAAUAUAUUCGCCUGUAGAACCAGUGCCGUGGCCCCUUGUCAUCCUAGCAGAGUGGAGCAGUCCUGCUUAGAAAGCUACUUAAAAGCAUUCUGGCCACAUUGGCGAGUUGGGGUUUAUGUAUUCUCUGCUAGGGUCUCAGAAAGGGAGAACGUUUCUUGGGGACCCCCUCAGAGAAAUAUGCAGAGCUUCAUGACCCAGCACCCCUUAGCCUCUGUAGCAGUCCGCUCCAAUUUGUCUCUUCCUCAAGGCACCAUUGCCUACUGUAAAGUACACUUUCACCAUGGGCCAUCCAGACAGCGACAGUCUUGCCGAGUGCCAAAACAAUCUGAGGAAGCCAGGGGAUCUCUCCAAGCCCUGCCAUGCAGUGUCAGCCUGGGACCUCUCAGGACUGCAGGUGCAGAUGGUCACAGUCACAAGAGAUUCUGGACAUUGGUAGGGACUAGAGGUGGAGUUGCCAUCUGGGCCAUAGUGGCUUGUUUCCAACCAAAUUAUUUGGGCUUCAGAGGCCGUCACUUUGCCAUGCUUCACUCCGAACUCAGUUCUCCCCCUCGGACAUCAUCUGAAUACAAAGGUGGCCUGGUUCUGCAUGGUCAGACUCCUCAGAUUUGGUUUUGUUUCUUCAUACAUAAGUGUCCCAGUGACGCGGCCACUCCUGUGAAUGUGGCACAGGCUGUGUUUUCCACUAGUGUAGGACAACAUUCUGAGUUCUGGGAACCCCCACCAGCGCUGUGAAGCGCCUGGGUGCCCAUUUGCCCUGCCACGCUGUGCCUGGACAGAAGGGAGGGGAUGGCUGAGAUCACCAGGUGGCCCACUUUCCACUUAGAGACACUUGGCUCUGCUCAUGUCUCCAGAAAAGUAUAACUUUGUUCUUUUUCUGCGUGAAGCAUAGGCUGGUGUCUGCCCUGAGGAGCUGGGAACGAGGUAAGAGGAAAACACAUCUUGUCUGCCUCUUAGAGACUUUCCUUCCUAGGUUGAGUACACAGGCUAAUACAUUAUUUUGUAGUAUCUCAAACUUUGCAUAAAUACUAUUAUUUUUGUAUGGGAUUUUUUAUAGAAGAGCUAUUUCUGUAUACUUAUUUCUGUGCUUUUUGAAAUGCCUUCCAGUAGGUAACCAACAAGUCUUAAGCAGUGUUCCAUGAUGGGUGUCUCAGGGACCACCUACCCAGAAUAGACAGGGAAUUUAAAGUUUUUCACUCCCUGCACCCACUCCAGACAGAAGCUCAGGGCGUGCCUAGGAAGCAUUAGUUUUAAUAAGCUCUCAGUUUUAAUAAGCUCUGAGUUAUUUUUUCAUCAAUUCACACAUCUUUGUCCGUACUGUAAAAGAAGAAAACAUUUGAAAUGAGUAUGUUGAGCUUGAGAAAAAAUGUAUCAUACUAUUCUGUGAUUUGAG